UGCAGGAUGAAGGUGUGCGUGGUCCUGCUCAGCGUGUUGGGUCUCUGCUGGAGGACGGAGGCUGAUUCCAGAUCGUAUCUGAUCACGGCUCCUCUCUCGCUCCGGCUGGACGCCGUCGAGACGGUUCUGCUGCAGCUCUUCGGUUUCACAGAUGAAGUGAUCGUCCACGUCUUCCUGAAGACCUCUAUGGCUCCGGACCAUGUGGUUCUGGCCCGGGAGGUCGUGACCCUGAAUGCCCAGAAUAACCACCAGGCCGCCGCCAAAGUCCGGCUGUUUCCACGUCAGCUCGAUAAGAGUGUGAGUCAUGUGAUCCUCCACGUCCAAUCAACAGAGAUCAACCAGCACCUGUCCAUCGCCGUCAGUCGCUCCAACGGAUUCCUGUUCAUCCAGACGGACAAACCGCUGUACACGCCGCAUCAGAGCGUCAAAGUGAGGGCGUUUUCACUGAACCAGGAACUGAGGCCGGCCAAUCGCAGCGUCUUCCUCACCUUCAAGGAUCCGGAUCAGAGGACAGUGGACAUCGUGGAGAUUAUUGACGUGAACAAUGGAAUUCCAUCCAUGCAGAACCCCUUUAAGAUCCCCAUCAAACCAAAGUUGGGGAUUUGGUCCAUUGAAGCUUCUUACUCAGAUGAUUUCACCACAACAGCGAGAACUGACUUUGAAGUGAAAGAAUACGUUCUUCCCAGUUUCUCCAUCCAUGUGCAGCCAGAAGCAAACUACAUCAGCCACGGGAGCUUCAACCGAUUCAGCUUUAAGGUUUCUGCCAGGUAUCUCCACGGAGCUCCGGUGGCCAAUGCUGAGGUGUUUCUACGCUAUGGCUACGUUAGCGGGAAAAAUCCUCCAGUCAUCAUCCCACAGUCCAUCACCAGAGAAAGAUUGUCGUCUUCAGGUGAAGUGGACAUGGUUGUCAACAUGCAGAAGGUUUUAUCCAAACACGAAGGACCGAAAGACCUGAACGGUGUGGUGGGACAGUACCUGUACAUCGCUGUGCUGCUGGAAGAGAGCACAGGUGGUAUCAGUCAGGAGGCGGAGUUUGCUGCUGUGAAGUUCGUUAAAUCUCCGUACAGGCUGAGUCUGGUGUCGACGCCGCCGUUCAUCAAACCAGGACUCCCCUACAACAUCCAGGUGCUGGUGAAGGAUCACCUGGACCAGCCGGUGAACCGGGUUCCGGUCCGUCUGAUAGAGCGGCAGCUGUUCCAACAGGGGGGCCAGAGCGAGGAGAUACCGUGUCCCGACAGCGCCAACAGCCAAUCAGACGGCCUCGCUGUCUUCAUCUGCAACACGCCGGCUCAGGGAGUCCGAGCUGUGCUGAAGUUUGAGACGGCGGACGGCGCCCUGCCAGCAGCCAGUCAGGCGACUCUGACCCUGGAGGCGUCGGCCUAUCACAGCCCCAACCAGCGCUACCUGUACAUCGACACGCCGCUGCCCGGCCGCGGCCUGGAGGUCGGACACUAUGCCAACAUCAAGGUGUACUCGGCCACGCCCGCCUACCUGCCCAUCAAGGCCCUCAGCUACCUGGUGCUGUCCAAAGGGAAGGUGGUCGACUUUGGCAGCAGGAAGUUCGUCUCCAGCGCCGAUAACAAGCAGACUCUGAGCUUCGAGGUGACGCCGGCCAUGGCUCCAUCAAUCCGCCUGCUGGUUUACUACAUCCUGUACGGGGAGGGAACGUCCGAGCUGGUGGCCGAUUCUGUGUGGCUGGACGUCAAGGACAGGUGUGUCCACGGACUGCAGACUGAAGUGUCUUUGCGAAGUCAGAACCACAAGCCAAAGCAGAACCUCCAGCUGAACGUCAGGACCAAUCAGAACGGCCUGCUGGCCCUGUCGGCUGUAGACUCCGCCCUCUUCAUGUUAAGACCCAAAUACAGAGACCCUGUUACCACGGUAUUGCGACACAUCGAGCAGAGCGACCAGGGCUGCGGCGGCGGCGGCGGCAGAGACAGCGCCGAUGUCUUCAGACUGGCCGGACUCACCUUCAUGACCAACGCCAACGCCCAACCGACCAGCAGCAGUGAAGCGUGCACAGCUGCGGUCCGUCCAAAGAGAGCUCUGACAGAGGAAGCCAAGAACAAGAAAGCGGCGAGUUAUGGUUCCGUGAAGACGUGCUGUGAACAGGGGAUGAGGUACAUCCCGAAGAGCGUCACCUGCCUCCAGUUCGCCGCGCAGACCUUCAGGAAACUCCCUCGCUGCAGACAAGCCUUCAGAGAGUGCUGCGAGUUCGUCCAGCAGCACCUGGCCCAGGACCAGAACCUCUACUGCGUGACGCUGGCCGUCGGCCCGGCUCUCUGCCUGCUCCAGUCCCAGCCGAGCUCCGGGGGGCUUCGGUCCACGGCCUGCAGAUGGAGCGAGCUGCCUGCAGGGGGCGUCGGCAGGGUGACCUUCACCCUGCUGGGCCUGGAGCCUGGAGAGCACAGCCUGACCUUCACCCUAAAGACCCGCGGAGAAGCCCGAGACGUCCUGCAGAAGAAGCUGAGGGUGGUGCCUGAAGGAGUGAGGCAGGAGGUUUACUCUGGAGGACGACUCGACCCUCAGGGACUCUACGGUUCAGAGAAGAGAACGGUGGAACUGAAGAACCAAGUACCAGCCAACAUGGUUCCCAACACGGCUGUGGAGAGAAUGCUGACGAUCAACGGAGAGAUUCUGGGUGAAGUCCUCACCGUGAUGCACAACCCUGAAGGCCUCCGGCAGCUCGUCAACCUGCCGGCCGGGUCGGCAGAGGCGGAGCUCGGCGGGCUCCUCCUCCUCGUCCAGGUGUACCAGUACCUGGAGACGUCGAGGACCUGGAACGUGCUGGGAGGAGACGUCCAGAAGAACGCGGCUGACCUGAAGCAGAGGAUCAGGGAGGGUCUGGUCAGCAUCAGUUCAUUCAGAACCGGAGACUCCAGUUACAGCAUGUGGGUGAAGAGAGAAUCCAGCACCUGGCUCACAGCUCAGGUGGUCAGGACUCUGUCUGCAGCAGAUCAGCUGGUCUCUGUGGACCACCAGUCGCUCUCAGACUCUGUGGCCUGGUUGAUCCGCAAAACUCAGCAGCAGGACGGAUCCUUCACCGACAAAUCCUCCUUCAAAGCCAACAAAGUCAUGGCUGAGGGGACGACGGCGGUGGAGAGGUCGGUUUAUCUGACGUCCUUCGUGCUGAUCGCGUUACACACAGCGACAAGAAUCAAAGACCCCAUCCUGCAGCUGCAAUACCACGACAACAGCAUGAACUCUGCAGCAAACUACAUUUCCCAGCAUGCCUCGCAGGUGAAGAGCGUGUACGUGAAGGCGGUGGCGACCUACGCUCUGACCCUCCAUGACCCCAACAGCAUGUCGGCCUCCCUGCUGCUCGGCAGCCUGGAGAACUUGGCCCGACAGAAAGGUCACCCCGCUGAGCUCAGGUACUGGCAGGAGUCCAGUGUGACGGCUGAUUGGCUGAAACCUGACCAAUCCAGUGGUCUGACAGUGGAGACGACAGCAUACGUCCUGCUGAGUGUUGUGUUAAAGGGGAGGAUCCAGUAUGCCAACCCCAUCCUGUCCUGGCUGACCCAGGACCAGCACUAUGGGGAGGGAUUUUACUCUGCGCAGGACACAGCUUUGACUCUGGAGGCGUUGAGGGAGUACAGCAAGGUGGUGUCUCGAGCCGUCCUCAACCAGGACAUCAACAUCCGCUACAGCUUGAAGGGUUCACUGGACCGAGUCCAACUGAGCCAGAGCCGACCCGUGGCCACGCCCAUCCAGGUAACAAAGAAUGAUGACAUCACCGUGUCCACAGGUUAUGGGAGGGGCGUGUCCAAUGUGAAGAUGAAGACGGUUUUCUACCAGACCACGGCGUCCACACAGGCCAGGUGUAACUUUGACACCACCAUAGAGGUGGCCGGCCCCGGCAUCUCCGACAGUAAGUACCAGCACACCUGGAUGUCUGAAGGACAGUUCAGAGACGCGAUGGAACCUGUGAUCUCCCACUACGAGCUGCAGGGGAACACUGUGGUCAUCCAGAUGGACGCUGUUCCUUCAGACAUCUUCUUGUGUGUUGGCUUUCGGAUCAGAACCGGGUUCAGUGUGAGCGGAGCCAGUGAGGCCCUGUUCACCAUCAGUGAGCCUCAGGACAAAGGCAGUUUGUGCAGCAAACAGUUCUCGUACCAGCAGCAGAGGCUGCAGCGCCUCUGUGUGGCCGAACAGUGUCAGUGCAUGACAGCUGCGUGUGCUGCCUACAGAGGGAACCUGGACGUGACGCUGACAGCAGAAACACGCACUGAAGAAACCUGCAGAGCUCAGAUCAAAUACGCCUACAGGGUGACGGUCAAGUCCUCGGCAGCAGAAGGAGACUUCAUGAGCCACACGGCCACCGUAGUCGAAGUCCUGAAGAACUCCGACAAAGAUCUGGAGGCGGUGAGUUCAGGGACUGAGGUGGACCUCGUGAAGAAGGCCACCUGCAGCGGUGUGGACCUGCAGAAGGACAAACAGUACCUGGUGAUGGGAAGCAGCGGGUCGGAGGUCAAAGUGGGCCAGAGCUUCAGGUACCGACUCCCGCUGGACUCGGACGCCCUGGUGGAGCUGUGGCCCACAGACUGCAGUUCUCCAGAGUGUAGGGACUACACCUCCCAGCUGGAGGAGUUCGCUCUGGACCUGCAGCUGACCGGCUGCCCCUGAAACGCCCGAGAAAUGAUCCUUCUCUCACUUCAAGUGUCCACCGAUGUUUUUGUCCCUUAACUCUGCUUUUAUGUCCUAAUGUGCCAAUAAAGGUCCAACAGUG